AGUUUCCAAAAGUCUUUGAGAAUGAACCCGGUGUUAGUGUUGAACAUAAACUUCCGCUUACGUCAGUUGUCAUUGAAAGUUUUCAAAAAUGGCGUGUUUUGAAAGUACAGUCGUGUUUGUAAAAUAAAUGUAAAAAGUUACACGAUACGAUAAAAGCUUUUGAAGGCUUUAAAGUAAGAUUGCUGCAACUCAAACAGCCUGGGGUGUUUAGUUAUUGUUGUGCAUAAUAAGUAAAUAUGGCGGAUCCAUUAAGUUUGUUGCGUCAGUACAAUGUUAACAAAAAAGAAAUUAUUGAAAGAGAUAACCAGAUUAUUUUCGGAGAAUUCUCUUGGCCCAAAAAUGUUAAAACGAAUUAUCUCAUGUAUGGUUCUGGCAAAGAUGGCACCCCAAAGAAGUAUUAUACAUUAGAAUGUUUGUUAUUCAUAUUGAAGAACAUUUCAUUAACUCAUCCAGUUUAUGUAAGACAAGCUGCUGCCGAAAAUAUACCUGUGGUAAGAAGACCUGAUCGUAAAGAAUUAUUGGCUUACUUAAAUGGAGAAACUGCUAGUUGUCCGGCUAUUGAUAAAAGCGCCCCAUUGGAGAUACCCACACAGGUAAAACGAUCAGCUGAUUAUGACGGUCCAGAAAGUUUGGCGAAGAAACCAAAAUUCGAAGACACUCAUGUGCAAAAAGUACGUGAAAAAUUGGCUGCCAAAUUAGAUGGUCCAAAAGAAGCAUCUGUAACAGUUGAUAAUAUUAAGUCUUUAUCAGAUGCUAUGUCUGUGGAGAAAAUCGCUGCUAUCAAGGCAAAACGUUUAGCGAAGAAAAGGACAACUAUUAAAGGCAAUGAUGAUAUAGGUCAAGAAUAUGAUAUCAGUGCUAUUCUUGAUUUAGACGUAGAUAUAACUAAGGAUAUUAUAAGCAGAGAGCGACAGUGGAGAACUAGAACUACAAUUCUACAAUCUACAGGAAAGACUUUUGCAAAAAACAUAAUAGCUAUGUUGGCAAGCAUAAAGGCAAGAGAAGAGGGAAGACACAGACCACCACAACAACCUCCUCAAGUAACUCCGAGAGCUACGCCAAUCCGAGCUACCGCUCAACCAUCAGUUUAUAACAGAUACGAUCAAGAAAGGUUUAAUAGACAAAAAGAAGAGACUGAAGGUUUUGAAAUUAAUACUAUGGGUACGUAUCACGGUAUGUCAUUGAAAUCUGUAACAGAAGGAUCAGCGAAAGCGAAUAGACCAAUGCCAGCUCAACCAACUGCACCACUUCCAGUUAGUGCUGCAAGACCACCUCCAGGAGGUCUGCAAAAAAGAGUAUCUAGAACACCUAUUAUAAUUAUACCAGCUGGUACUAAUUCCUUGAUUACUAUGUAUAAUGUCAAGGAUAUUCUUCAAGAUUUAAGGUUUGUAACCACGGAACAGAAAAAAAUGGAAGGAGGUAAAAGGGACAAUGAAGUUUUGAUCCAAAGACAAAGAAAUGGCCAAAGUGUACCAUACAGGGUAGUAGAUAAUCCGGCUAAAUUGAGUCCGAGCGAUUGGGACAGAGUGGUAGCAGUUUGGGUUAUGGGACCUGCAUGGCAGUUCAAAGGAUAUCCAUGGGAUACACCCGUGGAAAUAUUUGAUAAAAUUUCUGCGUUUCAUUUGAAGUAUGACGAAAUGAAGAUGGAACCCAACGUUGAAAAAUGGGCUGUAACUGUCAUUCAAUUAUCAAGAACAAAACGCCAUUUGGAUAGAGCAGCACUCAUGAUAUUUUGGGAAAAAUUGGACAGACAUAUCAUACAAUUCAAACCACAUUUAAGAUGGUGAGAAGAGAAUAUCAAACAAUUAUAGUGUUCAUUAUAUAUAUUGUGUAUAUAGAAAAUAAAAGUAUAUUAAAGUU